UGUCGAUUUGAUAUGAUUGGUGUUUCUGAUAAAUCUAGUUCCGAUUAACAUUACGAAGCACGAUCAACAUGAUGUAGGGUUUACGUGUGCUAGCUAGCUCCGAUUAUAAAUUAAGAUAUCGGGUUCAUGGUUGAUUCAGGUAUGAAAAGUGAAAGAGAGCCGGGGGGGUUCAUCCUCCAUCUGAAUUCUUAUCUCCAUUGCAUGCAAGUAAUGUAAUCACAUGUAUGUAUAUUGAUUGGCACGAAAUCGUUUACAAAUUACAGUUUACAAACCGAUUGCAAGAAGGUGAAGUUGACACAUAAUUCUCGGUCCAUCAUCGCUGGCCCCGCGCUUUAAUUUGCUUGAUCAACGUGCAUGGUCGUCAUCAAUCACUCAAGUGGGAGCCCAGCAGCUUAAGUACAUGAUGGUUCUAAGAGACUCUUCCGCCUGCUUAAUUUUAUUGUGUUCUUUCAGCAUCAUGUUGUUGCUGUUAGCCGUAACGCUUGAGAGAUUCCUUGUAUUCUUUAAAGAAAAGGAGGAGAAGGAGGAGGAUGAGGGAUUUUUCAAAGACUUGGUCGCGGGAUCUUUGCAGAUCCCUUGCAUUCCUCCUCCAAUAGACCUCGAACUUUUAUCCAUGCAAUAUAACGAACAAAGAACAAAGAAAUCGCCUCUCAAUAUAACGUUAAUGUGAUGAAUGAUUCUUGAAUAUAAGAUAAAUGGUUUCUUAUGAUUAAUUUUUGUUUUUUUUGUGUUGCGACCGAAAAUCUAGAGAGAAAAUGCAUAUAUAGGAUUAGCAGAAAGUUAAAUUUAGUGCGCAGGAGCUUAUUGAUUGUUUGGGAAACAACCUGCCAAGUUCCAUAAGGCCCAUUUUUGGAUAAACAUGUAACAAUUAUAACGACGAAAUUUGACAUGUCAACGUGCGAUUUGUCGAAAUAUGCGGGUGGAGAUGGCAAAACUUUAUCAAGUCUGUUAUUAGUUCAUGGGUUUAGCGUUGAUUGCUGUUAUAUAUUUCUGCAUGCUAGGAUUGGAAAAUCGAUGCUGCAAGAUCGAUGGUUAAAAUGAGCAUUAGAGCAUAUCGUUGUUGUUUGUUUUGGAUAACUGAGAAAGUUUGAUUUGGAAAAAGAGGACAAGUUUGAUUAAAAAUGGGUAUGGUUUGGGCUUUUGGCCCAUGUGAAUGAAUACUGUGAGUCGCGAUAAAAGAGACAGGCCCAUUUCUGCCGUGGACCGAAUCCAAACUUUACCAUCUUCACGGCAACUACCACAUUGCCGCCAGUUGGCUGGCACCCAUUCCUUUGCCGGCCGAACUCUCAAAACAGCCGCCGCGCCUCAGCCGUUAACCGCUCCAACUUCCCGCCAUGAGUAUAGUACACGCCAUCCAUUUCUCCCCCGCCACGUCAUCCCGCCGCCGCUUCCCCGCUCAUUCUGCCGCCUCCCUCCGUCGGCGAGUCUUCUCUGUAAGGGCCAGCCUUCCCUUUCCGACCCAGAAGGCGAAGUAUCACAGAGAACUCGAAGCUGCAGUGGGCAUUGUUGAGCGCGCUUGUCGGAUUUGUGUCGAUGUGCAAAGGUCUUUGCUUUCCAGCGAUGGAGGGAUUGUGGAGAAGAAAGACAAUACCCCAGUUACAAUUGCGGAUUUUGGAGUCCAGGCAUUAAUCAGCCUUGAGUUGGGCAAGUUGUUCCCGUCGAUUCCCUUGGUUGCUGAAGAGGAUUCCGGCUUUGUGCGUGCUAAUAACCUGGUGGAUUCUGUUGUGAGUGUGGUUAAUGAUAAGAGGAGCUCUAGUGAACCUUUGAGUGAUGAUGUUGUUCUCGAGGCGAUUGAUAGAGGGGGAAGUGCUGCUUAUCUCUAUGGAAAGUCGCCAGCUACAUAUUGGAUCCUGGAUCCAAUCGAUGGCACCAAAGGGUUUCUCAAGGGAUGUGGCGCCUUGUACGUGGUGGGUUUGGCUCUUGUAGUCGAAGGUGAGAUCGUGCUAGGUGUUAUGGGUUGUCCAAACUGGCAGAACACCGGCGACAGCCUAGGGUCCGUGAUGAUUGCUCAUACUGGCCAUGGUACAUGGAACAAGACAUUACAAGUGUCCAAUGAUUGGAGUAGAUGCUUGGUCGAUGGAUGUUCAGUAGUUCCAGAAGCUCGAUUCUGCAUUCCUGAGAGUCAGAGUUGGGAUUCUUUGCCUCUAUCGAGAUCAUUCACUGCAAAGAAUGAUGCAGAUAGUCUUGGUGACAAUGAAAUCCAUCUUUUAACUACAUGCUGUGGAAGUUUGUGCAAGUAUUUAAUGGUGGCCUCAGGCAGGGCUUCGAUGUACAUUCAAGCUCAGAGAGACACAGCUAUCAAGGCUUGGGAUCAUGCUGUUGGUAUGUUAUGCGUCCAUGAAGCUGGAGGCAGGGUGACUGACUGGGAAGGGGGCGAGCUUGACCUCGCGGCGGAUCAAGUGGAGAGAAGGAUCAUAUAUCCUCCUGGGGGGAUCCUUGUGACCAACGGCAAGAUUCAUGAACAGAUCCUGGAGAUGAUCUCUUUCAGUUCCUCAACUGUUUUGAGUGAAGCUGCUGAAAAGCAAUGAUGAACCUUGAAUUUCCUUAAUGGCGUGGCCGGAAAAAUUGGAGUGCCAGUAUUUGGAUGCUCCUCUUACCAUUCUUUUUGAGUUGGGGUUAUCAUUCUGCCCAAACUACUGCAUAAAUUUCUCAUUCCUGGUCACUGAAAAUUGCAUUUUCCCCCUUCAUUUUAUCGUUUAGUUUGGUUCGAGUUGAAUAAGAUCUCAUUAAGGGUCAUCUAAUUUUAGCUGAAAGGACAGUUAUCAUAUGGGCUUCAAAUAAAGAUCCUUUGAACGAGGAUCUGGCCCAAAGGUGUGGGCUUUAUUCAGUGAUAGCGAGUCUCAUUAUGGGCCCGCCCAAGUUCCAAAAGAGUAUAGCAACCGUUCACGUGCUGUCACGACACACAGCGGAUUAGCGGAAUAAUGGAACCCAUCCAACUAUUCUUUAUUUAUGCAGUCACAAUAAAUGGGCAAAGCCCAACAAUUAAUUUCACACCUCAUCUGCAUGCAUGUGAAUUGACUCCAGCUUUUCACGUUUUAUCCCGAGUCUCAUGAAUAUUCUACGAACAUAUGAGUGACGGAUUCGACUUACUGAUCAUUCAUCGAGGAAAUUUUCUCUCCGAAAUUGGAUUUGUGAGAUUGCGACGACGACGAUCGAUAUGUCGCGUGCGACAAUCGAUCCAUGUAACGUUAGAAAUCGAUUGGUCAGUUAGAGUGUUUCGCGAUUUAUUUGAAAUAACUCAUACAUUUCGAGAUGAGCUGGUUUCAAACUUGGUGAGUAGUUUUUAGCACUAUAAAUUAUUUUUCCACCCAACCAACCAUAUUUGGCAAUCGUGCAUUGUGUGGAGUUAAAGUCUCCAACCCUAGCUUUUGUGUUCUUCAAUAUCAACAUUAAUUUUAAUGCAUUACAUGGAAAGUUCUUGAUGGGUGACUCACAUCUUCCAGCAUGUGAACCCCUCCUUCGUGUAAUCAAUUUCAUGAAUACAACAUCUAUAUAGUUUAGUUGGAAAAUGGACUACGUGCACACCAGCAAAUUAUAAACAAAAUAAUGUACAUAUAAAAAGAUAAAUUGUCAUAAUUACUAACUGGUCUCAAUAACUCGGCUUGUUGGAAGAAGCUCAUAUAUGAAUUUUAACCACUUCCUUAGACAUGUCGUAAACGAAAGCCAACUCAUGGACCUCGAAAAUUGCACAGACAUGCCAUAUCAUAUGCUUUUUUAAGACAACGACUAACACCGAGGCUCACGAGGAAUUGAACACAAAUAACCUCAGGGACAAACCAGAGACAAACUCUAAUAUACCACGUUAUAAACCCAAUUAUUCCCAAUAACUCGAGUUGUUGGACGAGAUUCACGUGUAAAUCUUAACCACGUACUUACAUUAUAAUAACCCGGUGGUUGGUCAUCAGCUUGGUCGCACAAAUGUAGCUUCUCGAUCAGCCAAUCACAGCCAUACAAUCAACCACAAUGUCGUUUACGAGCACCAACAACAAAUUUCAGUAACACUGAAGAACACGAAACCCUAACUAUUAGCUUACCCAAUGCCAGUUUUUAAGCAACCGAUUGGAGACCACUCUCACAGUUAAUAACUUAAUUAAUAUUGUUGUUGUUGUUGUCUUAAUUGUGGACAUCAGCCAAGUCAACUAUGUAUAAUUCACGUACACGUAGCCACAGCCAAAGACAAGUCCCCUUUUGGGUAAACCCAAUCUUGCAAGCAUAUACCAGUUGGAUUUGGACACCUCAUGUUCUUUCCACUAUGAUAACUCCCAACAUAGUUAAUUAAUCUAACUAGGAUCU